AACAACCAAGACCACAUAGACGACAGACACUAAACACCGAACCGUUGAGAUUACACAGCUGAGAUCGAUAGAGCGCCCUCGACGUUAGAUCAAAUCGCCUUAGUUUUCUGCAAAAUCCGUAAAAAGCCAAGAUGACGAAGAGCAAUGGCGAUGUGGAGGCGGCCACGCAGGUGCAAUCCCUGGGAGGAAAGCCCAGCAAUGGACACGGCCAGUUGAACGGAAAUGGCUACCACCAGAACGGAGGAGGGCGUCGCGAUUCCAGCCAGGCCUUCACACCACUGCUGGCCCAGCACAACAAUGGCUCAGCCAACAAUGGCGAGGUGACCACCACGCCACCGCCCAGUACAGUGCUGUACGAGAGCACCCCGAGCAACAACAACGAGUGGAAGGCGCCGGAGGACCUGGGCCACCUCAAGAACGGCCUGGGCAACCUGCUGAGCAGCAACAACAAUGGCACCGGCAACGGACACAGUCUCAGCGAGAAGUAUGCCCACGAACAGGCUCCCCUCACUGGCGGCUACAAGCUGCCACCCCGCUCCAGUGAGUCCGAGGAAUCCGACUUCGAUUCCGACCUCAAUGGCAGCUCCUCCGCGGAGUCCAGCUCCAGCUGUGGCCUCUUCGGCUGCCGGCCCAGGUGGGCCCGGCGGUUCGCCUCCACGCACGUCUUCAUGGUGGUCUUCCUGCUGGCCUACAUCCUGCAGGGCAUGUACAUGACCUACUUUGUGUCCGUGAUCACCACCAUCGAGAAGCUCUUCCAGAUCAAGUCCAAGACCACCGGCAUCCUGUUGAGCGCCAGCGAGAUGGGCCAGAUAUGCACGGCCAUGUUGCUGACCUACUUCGCGGGACGAGGCCACCGGCCCAGGUGGAUAGCCUGCGGCAUGGUCCUGUUCUCCAUCGCCGCCUUCUCCUGUGCCCUGCCACACUUCAUUUUCGGCGAGCAGCUGAUGCACUCCAGUGUAAUCCUGCAGCAGCCGCAGGUCACCACCCUUGCCGGGGACUCGUCGUCAUCGCUGUGGCUGCCGGAGCAGGUGAAUCCCAAUCUGUGCAUUCUGGGGGGCAACCAAACGCUUUCGGGCAGCGAGUGCAACGAGGAGCGCCAGUUGGAGCAGGCCUCCCACUCCAAGAUCACCGUCAUUGUGCUGUGCAUCUUCUUCGGCAGCCUCUUGAGCUCGGGAAUUGGCCAAACCGCCGUGGCCACUCUGGGUAUCCCGUACAUCGAUGACAAUGUGGGCAGCAAGCAGUCGCCCAUGUACAUGGCCGUCACCAUUGGCAUGAGGAUUCUGGGUCCCGCAUCCGGAUUCAUUUUCGGUAGCUUUUGCACCCGCUGGUAUGUGAACUUCUCGAAUCCCGGCUUUGAUGCCACCGAUCCCCGCUGGAUUGGCGCCUGGUGGCUGGGACCCGUGGCCAUCGGUAGCCUCAUGCUGCUGGCCUCCAUUGCCAUGUUCUCGUUCCCCAAACAGCUGAGGGGCAAGAAGCCGCCGCCGGGUCAGUCGACGACUCCAGCAGCUCCAGUUGAGCCCGAGGAAAAGCCAAAGCUAAAAGACUUCCCCAAGACGGUGCGCCGCCAGCUGAGCAACGACAUCCUGAUGUUCCGCACCGCAUCGUGUGUGUUCCACCUGCUGCCCAUCGCCGGGCUCUACACGUUUCUGCCCAAGUACCUGGAAACGCAGUUCCGGCUGGCCACCUACGAUGCCAACAUGAUAGCCGCCUUCUGCGGCAUCCUGGUCAUGGGCAUUGGCAUCGUCAUCUCCGGCCUGUUCAUCCUGAAGCGGAAGCCCACUGCCCGGGGCGUGGCCGCGUGGAUCGCCUUCACAGCCCUCGUCUACUCAGCGGGCAUGAUCAUCCUGAUGUUCAUCGGCUGCAGCAUGAACGACUUUGCCGGCUACAAGCCAAGCGAUGGCAACAGUCCCGCUUUGAUCGAGCCCACGUGCACCGCCGCCCUUAACUGUACCUGUGAUAAGGAGAACUUUGCGCCCAUCUGCGCCGAUGGCAAGAUGUACAUCUCGGCCUGCCACGCCGGAUGCAGCAGCUCCUCGCUGCGGCCCAGCGACAAUCGCACCCUCUACUCCGAUUGUGCUUGCAUUCCAGAUGCUCCUGAGGCGGUCAACGGUUACUGUGAUAAUAACUGCAAGAACUUCAUCUACUUUAUACUGAUCUUUGCCAUUUGCGUAUUUAUGCAUUCCACCUCCGAGGUGGGCAGCAUGCUGCUCGUCAUGCGCUGUACACAUCCCAAAGAUAAGGCAAUGGCCAUGGGUGUGAUUCAGUCGGCCAUCGGCUUGUUCGGCAAUGUUCCUUGUCCGAUUAUCUACGGCGCAGUGGUGGACUCCGCCUGCCUCAUCUGGAAGUCCGUGUGCGGCAAGCACGGAGCCUGUUCGCUUUACGAUGCGGAUACCUUCAGGCAAUAUUUCCUAGGAAUCACGGCUGGCAUUAUGUUCCUAGCAUUCCUGAUGGACCUGGUGGUGUGGCGCAAGGCGCACCGCAUCGACAUUGCGCCGGAGGACCCGCCGGAGGGUGGGCCCACGCCCAACGGGAGGUCCUUGGAGACGUCCGAGUCCAAGCAGCCCAUAACGCCAGCGCCGGACACGACGGUCUAGGGGGAGCGGGAUGGAGACGAGCCUUGCACCUGAUGCAAGAUUUCCAAUAAACGUUUACCUUAAUUGUUAAUUAGUUAUCAUUUUGUCUAGUUUGUUAGCCUAGUGCAAGAGUUAUGUAUUUAGUUAAGUGACAUUAAAACGCGCUCGUCCAGCCCCACCCCCCGCUCCAAAUCCCUGCUCCAUAUUCUACAUAAAUCCUAUGAAUUACGAUUUAAUUCUGUGUAAAUCUCAACGCGAAACGAAGAAAUGAAAUUCUAGACAUUAUUCAUACUUGAGCGUAAUUAAACGACAAAUAUAUUAAGAGAAACUGGUCGAAAAUUGUGCAAACGCAACAACAUUUAUAAAUCUAUGUGUAACAAUGUAACAGCUAUAUCGCGAUUUAUGUAUAUCUGUAAUUAAUAUAUUAGACAUAUACAUUGACAUGUAUGUAUGUAAUUGCAACCUAUCUGUGGUAGUUAAAUUUUAGUUAAAAUUCAAAUUAAUUGUCUAAGUUUGUCAUACAAAAACAGCGGUAACAAAAAUAUACGAAAAGAAAUUAUAUGGAAAACUAUAUACAAGUACUAAAA